CGAGUCAAGGCUGAGUGCGACCGGGUGGCUGACAGUGCCGUGAGUACCGUGGUCAGCGAUGGAGCUUCUCGUGUUGGCGGUGUUGGUGACGGUGACGGCGACGAGGGGUGUCCCCCUGGCCGGUCCGGCAGAUCCAGGAGUCACGGUGGCGGGAUGGCCGGAGGACGAAGGCAACUCCACGGAAGAGGCCGGUUUCAUCGAUCUCUCCCUGGUGGAAGACGCUUGGCCCGAAGACGCCUCCAACGCGUCCCGAGAGGAGGGCCCCCAGAAGCCCUGGUCCGGGUGGAUCUACAAGGCGAUGGCUGAGGGGAUGAUCCGACUGAAUAUCACCUCCCGGGAGGCAAAAUGUUCCAAUGAUGGCCGAAUGUACCGCCAACACCUCAACAACCUGACACUGUGGGCCGCUAGGAUGUUUGACGCGUCGGCGUUGUCGCCCAAUGGGUUCAUCUCCGGCGACAUUUACCAGUUCGGACACUUCGAUGAGUGCAUUGCGAUCGACAACCCUGUGGACAAGAUCACGGGCAAGUACUGUCUGGCCACGAUCAGGUACGGGCCCGAUCCUCAAGUCCGCCCCCAGCACUAUAGCCCCCCCGCCCCCCUCUACAAGCCGCUCCCGCCUCACGCCUCUGUCUGGGACAGGCUCAAGGUAACCAAUGACCCUAGAGUGAUCCGCAGAGAUCUGUUGCGCUGGGCCGUCUGUGUUCCCAGCUCCUGUUCUGCAGCAGACAUCCAGGACUCUCUGGCCGCCAGUCUAGCAGGACCUCUACAGGACGAGAGUAUUCGCGCUGAUGUCACCAUUCACUCCGACGACUGCUACUCUGUUUGGGAGGCUCCUGAAUUUUCUACUGGCUACUAUGUUGUCAUGGGUAUCUUGUAUGGUAUGGCGCUCCUGUGUUUGGCUGGCACUGUGCUGGACUAUGCUACCAAUGAUCAGACGGAGGUCAACAAAUCUUUGCGAAAGUUCAUAAAGGUGUUUUCGUCGUACGCUAACAUUAAGAAGUUGGUGAAAUCCAACCCAGAAGCGGAUUUCAAGCUACUGCACUGUUUCAAGUUCCUCAGCAUGAUGUGCGUCAUCCUCGGCCACAAAGAGAUGUACCGAUUCGGCAAACCUGUCCAAAACAUAUCAUUCGUUGAAGAGUUCUCGAAGCAAAUACCAUCGAUGCUCUUCCUCAAUGGAGGAGGGUACAUUGUGGAUACGUUCUUCCUCUUCAGUGGUUUCCUCACCUGCCAUUUCUUGGUCAAAGAACUUGAAAAGAAGAAUAGCGUCAACCUAUUCACGCUCAUCAUUGGGAAACUGUUGAGGAUUCUACCACUGUACGGGUUCGUGAUAGCAUUUCAUGGAGAAUUGUUGCCGUACCUGGGUCACGGACGGCUGUGGAACUCUUUGGUCUGGCGAGAAGCACUGAGAUGUCAGAAGAACUGGUGGGCGAAUGUACUCUCUUUAACAUUGACUGUGUCAUCCUGUAGGAUUCUACCACUGUACGGGUUCGUGAUAGCAUUUCAUGGAGAAGUGUUGCCGUACCUGGGUCACGGACCGCUGUGGAACUCUUUGGUCUGGCGAGAAGCACUGAGAUGUCAGAAGAACUGGUGGGCGAAUGUACUCUUCCUAAACAACUACAUCAAUACGGAGGAAACGUGUAUGAUCCAAACGUGGUACCUGGCAUGUGACAUGCAUUACUUCAUCAUCGGCAUUCUGCUAAUAUAUAUCAAGUUCCGCCAUCCCAAGCUGGGCAACACUCUGAUAGCUGCAGCAUUCGUCGCUGCCGCAGCGAUUCCCGCCUACAUCACUUAUGUGAAUCAGUACAAGGGAGUCGUGCAACUCUACCAUGAGCUCCAAAAAGACCCAGCACAGGAUGAACACGUCCGCACGAUGUACGUGCCCAGCCAUGUGAGAUUCAUGCCCUACAUGGUGGGGCUUAUCUUGAGCUACGUUUGCCAGUGCUCCAAAACGACCCAGCACAGGAUGAACACUUCCGCACGAUGUACGUGCCCAGCCAUGCUCCAAAAAGACCCAGCACAGGAUGAACACUUCCGCACGAUGUACGUGCCCAGCCAUGUGAGAUUCAUGCCCUACAUGGUGGGGCUUAUCUUGAGCUACGUUUGCUCCAAAAAGACCCAGCACAGGAUGAACACUUACGCACGAUGUACGUGCCCAGCCAUGCUCCAAAAAGACCCAGCACAGGAUGAACACUUCCGCACGAUGUACGUGCCCAGCCAUGUGAGAUUCAUGCCCUACAUUGUGGGGCUUAUCUUGAGCUACAUUUCUACAUUUGCCAGCAUCUCAAUGUGGUGUAUAACAUGUUGCAGGCUCCAAAAAGACCCAGCACAGGAUGAACACUUCCGCACGAUGUACGUGCCCAGCCAUGUGAGAUUCAUGCCCUACAUGGUGGGGCUUAUCUUGAGCUACGUUUGCCAAUAUCUCGAGAAGACAGGCUACAAAUUUCCAGGACUGUCACUGUUUGUGAUUAUCCCACUGGGAAUAGCUGUCAACCUGUCAACAACAUUUGUAGCGUACGUUUUCUACAUCGAGGAGCGCCCCUACAGUCUCCUGGAGAGUGUUCUAUACGCUGGUGUCCACCGCAUACUCUGGGCUGGUACCCUGGGAAUCUACAUUAUCGUCGAUUCUACCACAGGCAUCGGAAAGUGGGGAUCCUUGUUCAGACACCCUGCUUGGGCACCGCUGGGAAGGCUAACCUACUGUGCCUUUCUGAUCCACACCAUCCCCAUGCUGUACACCACAGGCCAGAUGCGGGCCGCACCAUACCACAGUCGCAUGAUGGCAGCGAUGUCAUUACUGGGUGAGGUUGCCCUGUCAUUCUUUUUUGCUUUACUUCUCAACUUGGUAUUCGAAUCGCCUCUUCAGAGAAUGCAAAAAAUGCUCUUCAAAAAGCAAUCAGGAGGUUCAGGAAAGUCAGGUUUGACUCAGCGGAACAUCGCUCAGACAGUGGAUAGCCAACUUAACCUGACUUGUGGAAUCUCCAAGAUCUCCUACAGGGAAGAGAAUAGUUCUAACAUCACUUAAUCAUGUUU